UCAUCGGUCCUCAUUCUUCUUGACCUCUCUGCAGCCUUCGACACAGUGAAUCACAGCAUUCUCUUGUCCACUCUCUCCAACCUUGGAGUAACAGGUUCAGCGUGGCAAUGGAUGGCCUCCUACCUCGAAGGGCGCUCCUACCAAGUGUCAUGGAGGGGAUCCAUAACUCCCCCAUGCACUCUCUCAACCGGUGUUCCUCAGGGCUCUGUACUUGGCCCACUUCUUUUCUCUAUCUACACCCGCUCUCUGGACACACUCAAGUCUCAGCUCGCAUCUCAGCAUGUCUGCGAGAUAUCUCACAAUGGAUGUCAGCUCAUCAUCUACAACUUAAUCCCAGCAAGACAGAGAUGUUGCUCAUUCCCGGAGAUCAGUCUCCAACCCAGGACCUAGUCAUUUCUCUUGAUGACUCCCAGAUCAGACCAUCUGAUAAGGCCUCAGGUAGACAUUUACUCAGGACUCGCCUUUACCCCUGGUUAGAAGUUCAACAGUGAACCACAUCCAUGGCUAACAUCAGUUUGACCUGGGGGGCAGAAUUCGCAAUUCCAACCUCUAAUCACACAGCGGCUGGAUCUCCAGAAGUUGGUCGCUCUGUUGAGCCUUUCUGUUCCCUGUGCUGUUGUGGACUACUGAACCGUACCCUGACUGUAGUGUUCAUGGUCAGCCUGGCCUUUGCCAUCGUUGUGGGCAACGUGGUCACACUGUCAGUUUUCAUGCAGACCCGACAAUCCCGAACACCACAGGGCUACCUCAAAGUAUCUCUGGCCAUAGCAGAUAUGAUGGUUGGAAUUGUGGUGGUGCCAUUUUCUGUUUACACCGAGAUAUCCAUCAUGGUGACCAGCACUCCUCCUGUAUGGUACCACGGUGGACCGACUAUCUUAACAGAUGACCUUUCUAGCCCUUGGCAGCCCUGCAUGCUGAUUGGUCCAGUGUUUGCGGGGAGUACUUUUGUCUCUAUCAGCACCAUCUUUCUUAUGACGCUGGAGCGUAGUGUAGCUAUUUUAUGGCCGUUACACAAGGACACACUGGUGACCCGGAGACGGACACUGCUCCUGAUCUUUGCCUCGUGGACUGGCAGCUUUGUGCUGGCUGUGGCACCCCUCGUCCUAAGCAAAAAGCUUACUUUGGCGUACAAUGAGUGUAGCCGAAUGUGUAACUAUGUCCUAAUUAUUGUUGGCCUUCAGGUUCCUGAUGACUUCAACAUUUUGCUGCUAUUUCCAGCCUUUGACUUCAUACUGUUGGUUGGUACUUUGGCUGUAAACAUUCUAUCUUUUACCAGCAUCUGCCAAAACACCCGUAGGCGAAAGCUCCUCUCAGAGGGCGGUGAAAGACUUGAAGCUAAUGCAGGCAGCUGCACCCACAGACCCUCAUUUUCAGACAUUAAGGCAGCAAAGACCAUCGGCAUCCUUACCUUUGCAUUUACCGCCUGCUUCUCACCUAUUGCUGUCUUUGUGCUGGGUAAUGUGGUAGGCUACACCUGGUGCAACUUCUCCUUCUUCGCCUUUUGGAUCCUAGCAGGUAAUAGCUGCUGUAAUGUAAUCAUCUACAGCAUGAGGGACCAUCGCUUUAGGAAAGGGGUCAGUCUUCUUUUCCACAAGGAUCAUUCACCACCACACUCUGAAAAGAGCUAGCAUGCACCAGCAGAGGACCAGGCACAAAGCUACGCUACCUCUAUACUACUGACCACAAUCACAUAGGAACUGUAUAUUUAUCACAGAGAGUUUUUUUUUUUUUUUAGUGAGAUGUGGGAUUUGAUGUGGGAACUGUCAUACAAAUGGCAAGAAAUUUGUAUUUAUAUUUAUUGUUAAAAUAUGUCAAAUUUCUCAUGCCAUCAACAUAUGUUAGUGUCAGAAGUGUAAGUAGGAAAUUGCACAUUACUUUCAGUAAUUAAUAAAUGUUUUUUGGCACAGAUUAAAUUUUAUCUUGAUCAAAAAUGCUUUACAUAGACAGAUAAAUCAAAACCAUAGAACCGUUCCCAAAAAUGCGCAUGGCAAUGCCUAUUUCAUACAAAAUGUGCAUGUUCAAGUCAGGGAUGUAUUAA